CUUAACACAACUUCCAUCAUAUCUGCAGAUGGAUCUUCCAUCCAUCAUGCAAUAUUUUCUAGAGUUCAGUAUUUUUUGGAGGUUUAGUAAUAGAUCUGUUAUGACUUUGGACAAUUUCAAUCUCAUGUAUUUAAGAACACUGUGAAAACUACUGCGGUAUUAUAAGUCACGUAUUGCCAAAGAAUAUAUAUGUAUAAAUCAUUUAAGUGGGGGAAAACUUCUUAUUUUAUUGUGCUAUGUUUUCUUUUUGUGAAUAAAUAUAUAUAUUUCAUAUAUUAGAUAUUUUGUAAGAAAAAGAUUUGAUACGUUUUACCUAGUUUUUGGAAAUAAGAGUAGUAUUGUUUCAUUGUUUUUAUAUGCACUUCUUCAACUUAUUGGUUAUUAUUAUUAUUAUUAUUAUUAAUGUGAUUCUAUAUAUUGUGUAAAAUUAUUCUAGGUAAAACAAGAACAAAUAAAAAAGGAGCAAGAAAGUUUAGUUAAAGAUAUGGAGAGAGCAGUUGAAAGACAUACUAAUUUGUAUGUUGAAGCAGAUAAACAAGCCCUGUUUGGGAAAAGAAGAAAAACUCCUGAAUAUGUUACUAAGAGAAUUAAAAAUACUCAGAAAAAAAUACAAGAAGAUAAAAAAGUUCUGGAAAAUUGUAAACAACGAAUUCAUGCUUUAGAACUUACUAAAUCCCAGCUGAGUGAUAUGUAUGAGGUUGAAAGCAAACACACUUUGGAAAUGAUGGAUAAAAUUCAUGCUAUUGAAUAUGAUACAGAUAAUAAACAACAAGAAAAAAGACAAGCUGUGAUAAGUUUAUCAUUCAAGCAAAAGAAAACAAAGUUCAUGCAAAAAAUUCAAGAUGGUACUUAUAUUAGAGCAGUGAGGAAUGACACUCGGAGGCUAGAAGAACUGGAAAGAUUAAAAAAUAAUUUUCGAAUCCUUGAAGUUAUAGCACACUCUGUAAUAAAUGAAGAUGCAGAAUUAGAAAAAGAUUUGAACAAAGUACUAAAUUACAUCUAUAUAUCAAAGCAAAUCUGACUCUAAACAAAGUUUUCAUUUGUUGUGUAUUUCAUAGGAAAUAUGUUUAAAAUAUACCUGUAAUGAUAAAAAGUUAUAUAUAUAUAACAAACACACACACAAUAUAUAUAUUGUGUGUUUGUUUAACUUGUUAAUUUAAAUUUGAUAUAGUUUUACUUUUUAAUAAUGUUAAUGCUAUACUUUUUAUAGUAUCUCCUAUGCCUGAUGUGAAUGACUGACUGAAAAGUUAAUAUUAGAGAGAUGUAAAUGGUUUCUAAAUUUAAAAUUGCAUUGAAAAAUAAUUUUCUAUUAAUAAACAUUGCCAUUUAAACGUCACUUUCUCUUAGUCAAUGCAAUGUACACUUGUUCAUAGGCAUCACAACGGGUCAUUUUCAUUAUUUUAUAUUUCCUCUCAUAUUACCCUACUAUUAGUAUAUAGUGAGCAUUAUUAUAUAAAUGUCACUUUAAGUCAUCAUAAUAAAAAUAUCACUUUGUUCUUGUGCACCUCAAUGUAAAUGUCAUUUAUAUUACUUUACUGGGUAUUAUACAGUAAUGAAAUAUUGUUAAAAUGAUAUAAAUUAUGUUCAGUCUAUGUACUAAAUUUAUGAAUUCAUAUCUCUGAAUUGUGAAUUUUAUUUCGAGUUUGCUAACAUACAUUUCAUAUAUCUUUUAUUUUGAAAAAUGUUCUGCUAUACAUGUAAUUUUGUAUUUUAUGAAUGAAAGAAAAUAAAAUAUGCAAUAAAAAAGGGAACAUAAAAUAAACAAUAUAUCAUUAAUUUUCCAUGAAAGAAAAACACCAAAAUCAAUAUUAUAAAUUGCUUAUCUUUUGAAAGAAUUUGAAUUGAACAAAACUAGCUUUGAUAUAAAUUCUUCAUGGCUAAAAUAAUAGUGAAAAAAUAGUGUUUCAUGGGAUUUUUACCUAAGGAUUUCUUUAUGCAAAGGAUUUUAUUACAGUACCAAUUGCAUUUUAAUAUAAAACGAAUAUCUGUGUCUUUUCUGCCGCAGUCAUUUGGAACUUAGCUCUAUAUGCUUUCAGCUUUAAAUGUAAAUAAGUUUGAUGUAAUAAACAGAAAGCAAGCAAUAUAUGCUCUUAGCAGUUUGUUUGCUUUCUUAAGAUCCAGUUUCCUUUCGUGCUUGGUAGUGACAUAUAUCAUUAACUAACUGUUCUGAAACUUAAAAUAUCAAGUUAUUUCACAUAAUUAUAGUUUUAUCUUGCUUUUUUUGAAAAAGUAAUAUAUACACCAGUUGAAAAUGUCAGUACAUAUAUAUUCAACCAAAUUUAUACUUAAAAUUAAAAAAUUAAAUAAUUAUAAAGGCAUAUGUACUAAAUAUAUUACUAUUAUUGUUGAAACUUCAAAGGUGAUAAAAAUGCAAAAUGCGUCAUUUAUUUUUUUAUUUUCUAAAUAAUUAUAUCAAUAAUAAUAGCCUUAAAAUGUCUCAGGAAAAGUAAACCCAAAAUUUAAUACUUAAAGCAUAGAAAAGCUUACAUGUUUUGCAGUUUUAUAUUAAAUUUUGGCGUGUUUAUAAAAUAAAACUGUGAAAUCUUAAGCACUGUUUUUCUUAUUCAUGUAUAAAGCAUUUCUAAAAUUUUUAUCAACUGACCUUUUCAUGCAAAUUCAUGUAGAAUUUUUGAAUUGCAAUACAAAGACUUCAUAAAAGUCAAAAACAUUAUUAACAUACAUAAUACAUCUGAAAAGGAAAGAGUGUCCUUUAAGUAAAUUGUUUUUGUGCUUGGAUUUUGAAGGUUGAUAUUUUCAGUUAAUUAUCAAAUUUAGUUGUUUGUUUUUACAUAGCUGUAAAUUUUAUCUUUCAUUUUUAAUAAUUAUUAUUUAUUCAUUUUUAUUGUUUAUAAAUUUUUUUAUUUUCUUCAAAUUUUGUAUGUUAUGCUCAGAAUACACUCUUUUAUUAGUCACAUAGAGGACAAGUGACAUGAAACUUAUAUUUGUACUACUAUUUGUUUAUUUUUAAAUUUUUUUAAUUCUAUAAGUUUCUUUACUGUAGUCCUGCAUUAUUGUGUUAUUUUAGCAACACUAAAAUCUCAAGCACUCAUAAAUAUUCGCAUUUUUAUGCUUAUAUUUUUUAUCUAAUUUAAAGUUUAAAUAUAGGUAUAUAUCUGAGAUAAAGCACAGGUAAAAUAAAGUUAAUUUUAGCCUUUUAUAUCACUUUUUCAAUUUCCUUAUUUCCUUUUUCUGUCUUAAAAAUAGUAAUGUGCUUACAGUAAAUCUUUCUGGAUUUC